AAACUUAAUAAUAAUUCAUGGCAUAGAUAUAGAUCGUAUGAAGUAUAUCACUAAGCCAAAGCUCGAGUAUUGUAUUUGCUUUUAUUCUGAAAGUCCUAACAGGAACCUCUCUUUUACAGUGAGGAUACCUUGUGCCUGUCAAAUAGUGUCCCGUCCUUCUCACCGCUUCGCCGGCUGCCUUCAGCCAAACGGUGCACUGCGCUCUCGUCCGCGUCCAAGCCUUUAAACUGCGACAAAAAGGCGCUGUUAACUCGCAAUCAAAUUGCUUUAUUUUAUUUUAUCUAUUUACAAAAAUGACCUUGAGGACUAAUCGCAGCGGAUCUUUUUCUCCUCUCCGGCCGCCUGCUUUGCAGCGGAAUGGGAGCUGAAUGAACUGGAUACGGGAACAGGAUACGGGACCUGCAACAACAGGAGGGAACAGGAGCCUGAUAUAAUCCUAAUGGCCAGCAUGACCUACAUACCACGGAGCUCAGCGGACGCAUCUCAGCUGCACGGAUACUGUUCAACCUUGUACCGCUGCAAUAAGUGACCUUCAUUUGUGUUUGUUGCUGCUGCUGCUCAACUAUGCAUGACAACACAUCAUCCGUGCAGCCUAAGUCCUAUGCAUUUCUAGUUGAGUCUACCGCUGACCUUUGAAUAGUAGCCUUGGGUCAAAGAGGAAAUGGAAAGCAAAUAUUAACCAAGAAAGUGGUCUGGAGUCGGUCAUUCUGCUCUUUGGAUUAGCCCAGGAGGUCUGCAGUCUGUGGAAGGUAGGAUCAAAGGUCUGAAAGGAGCUAGGGCAGAUGCCUAGAUGCCUUAAGCACUCAUAGUUCACUCAUUGGCUCCUGCCAAGCAAUAAAAACAAAGUGCUUCAUAAAGAAACUCAAGCUAAAGCUUUUAGCCGAGUGACCUGUCUCCAUUAUGAUUCUGAACUGCGGCCAGGCGUUGCCUCUUCUGAGGUACACGGAUGUACCGCCCCGGGUCACCGAAAACUUCAUCCUAACCGGCUACCGCUUCCCAAACUACAGCUUGAAGGAAUGUCUAAUGUCAGCUUUCAGGCCUACCAACGAAACGGGAAACUUCUGGACACAUUUCCUUCCAGUUUUCAUUUUCUUUUACUAUUUCGUGGAGGUGUUCGGUUGGGAAGGCGCCCCCAACGGCGAUGCUCCGUUCUUCUACCCGCUGUGGAACUACUUCAUCGGGGUGUUCUGUCUGCUGAUGGCUAGCAGCAUGGCCCACCUGCUGAACUCGAUGUCUCUGGUCGUGAGAGAAGUUUGCUUCUUUGUGGAUUACGGCACCAUCAGCGCCUACACAGUUGGGUCCUCGUUGGCGUACUACUACUACAUCCAUCCUCGGGCGGGGAUAGUGGACACAGGAGGCCGCAAGAGCUCCCAACCUGCGGCGUCAUCAUCCUAUGCAAUCCCAGAGUUCUCAGCGUUCUUCGACACCUUCUACAUCCCGUCCGCUUGCGUUGUGGCCAUCAUUUGCGUCUUAUCGUGCUGCAACACUCGCCAAAGGUGGAGGCGGCAUCGGUACAUCAUCCGGACCUUGGUUUUCCUUCUCCCGUUCCUCGUCUCCUCCACGCCGGUCUUCUACCGCCUCCUCACCAGAUCGCCUUAUUCUGCCGCCUCCUCGUCCUUCGAUGCUUCCUCCUCCAUGCCCAGCUUCUUCUACCGCCACUGCCUCUGGCUGGUGGUGUCGGCCGUCUUCAACAUCAGCAAGCUGCCCGAGCGCCUGGCCCCGGGUCGGUUCGACAUCUGGGGCCACAGCCACCAGUGGUUCCACUGCUGCACGUUUUUGUCGAUCCUCGACGAGCUGCACAUGAUCAAGGCCGAGGUGAGGGCCAUCCUGCUCAGCCCGAACCUGAUACUGCCCCCCGCCACCCUCGCCGACCUACCUGGGCCGACCGCCAUUUCCACCUACGGGGUGAUGCUCCUCCUCCAGACCACCAUUGUCUCAAUCAUCAUGUGGUUCUCCUGGCACGCCAACUGCAUCUACGGACCCCAGAGGGACCAGCUAGAAAAGGAACACCCCAGGAAACACCUGAAAUGCCACUAAUCGCGGCGGCAUUCGCCAUCUCGACUGUGAAGGAAGAUUUGCACAUGCACAUAGAGCCAUCGCACAAGAAAACAAUACCCCACUCCAACUCCAACCCCCCUUUUUUGUGAGUCCAGUCAAGCUUUCAUAAAGGGAAACUGGGGACAGCAGGAGACGAAAAGGAUUACCUUCUGAGUUCACUGCAGGGUGGCUGCUGUCUGCUUGAGUGGAUAUUAAAAGUCCUUGCCAGUUCUUUCCCCAGAGCUGCUCCAGCAUGUUCCAACAGGAUGUCUGAGCGGUGGUGGGGAUAAUAACUACCUCUCGGGACUCUACACUCAAGUACAAAUUGUUGCUACCUUGGAGAACUCAUGUAAUGUUUUAAUCAUGUGGCUUUGAAGUCAGUGGGGCCAUUUACAUAAGUUUCUGGUGAGCUGUCAGGUCCUUUUGUUUUUGUCUGUUACACUUCCCCUUCCCCCGACCUAGGACAAUAACUCUGGACUGUUGAAGCCAUUGUUUCGUGCUGAAUUUAACCACUUCUUUUCCCCCGACCUUUGUUAACUGUACCAUCUCUUCCUCUGACUUACACAAGUCUCACUUCCUCUCUGUGUCUCAGCAAGUGAGCCUUGCAGGAGGAAGUGCAGAAAUAGCCGAGGGCUCGUAUCGGUCCUCCGUUUAAGCACUUUGAAGGGGCAGUUUGAAAUCGCUCCUGUUGCUCAAAAGCCAUGCUCCCAUUCAAAUCUUAAAGGACAACUACCACAAACAAACAAACAAACAAACAAA